UCUCUGGCGUAUGCGGUGCCCACUGAUAUGCAACUGGGCUGUUGAGUUUCAUUUGCCACAUCGCGUGUGUCGUCAGUUUGGUCUGUUCCAGCCUCACCCGCCGGAAUGGGUGGAUACGGACAAAGCACUUCAUAGGUUGGACAGGAGAAGGCAGCGGAAGAUAAAGGACUGGGACAAGCAUCAUGCUUCGUAUGUUACCCGCUUCCAGCUUUGUGUGGAGGAAGCUCGUAGCAGUGCACGCGCCAAGCUUCAUGAGCAUAGUCCACUUGCUUUUGAUAACUACAUACGAUGGCUUCUUGAAAAUACUCGAGUUGAGAUAUGCCCGCCGGCAUAUAAUGAGGAUAUUCUUGAAGAACCCGUAAACUUUGAGGAUCUAUCAAAGGGGAAGUACAACAGAGAUGUCAGGGUAGGGCACGGAGUCCCUGCUGUUUCGGUGAUUAACUAUGUGGUAAAGUGUUUCUUCUUUACUUUCCCGUUGGCCGUAUUACACAUGUUUGAAUGGCUAACGUGUUCAUUCUUUCUCAUCCGCAGCGCACCGAGAUCAAGAAAGCAGCUGAUGAGAGCCAGUCUAUUCUGGAGGAAACACCGGUUGGAAAAGGCAAUGAUGAUGGUCCACUAUGAGCAUUCCUCAAGGUCUGGUACACCAUCAGACCCCUCAUCUCACCAUCAGAGGGACGAUGUGAGUUCCUCAUAUGCUUAUCAGGAUGAUGAGGGUGCGGUCACCCAAGAGGGUGAUGAGCUUGAUGAUGACAUGACUUUGGCGGACGCUCAACUUCGGUCCCCAUAUGUGUUCAAGCCUAGGCAGCCCAGACGCCGGUACACACCCAACGACUUUGACAACAGAGGCAACCCAAAGGUGGUCGUAGGGACCUCGCGGAUGGCUAGCUUGGAUCAUGAGGUGGAGGCGGAGGCGGAGGAGGAAGUGCAGGAAGAGGAGGCUCAUCCAUCCAGGAAGAAGAAGAUUGCCUGCAAGCGUGGCACCAGGAACACGCGCGGAAGUUGUCUUUGUUCAGUAUUUGUCCUAAAUGAUGUUGUCUUUGUUCAGUUGAAUUGUUCAGUAUUUGUAUUUGCCAAAAUGGAAUCUGUUUCUGCAGUUUGGCAGUUAACAGCACUGCAGAGCCUGACAGUCAGGCGCUGCACUGUACUAUGCAGCGCCCAAAGCCUAGGUGAGGCCCGUCCCAUAGGCGCUGCUUCACUGGCCAUGGCUGCCCAUAGGGCCACAGAAGGCUUUGAGCACUGA